AUGUUAGGAACGCAAUUGUUACUUUUGUUGAUUUUGGUUAUCCAAUCAACUGGACAACUUAUUCGAUCUUUUGAAAUGUUAAUUAAAACCGAUCAACAAUUUGAAUGUUCAAAUACAACUUGUUUACCAUAUUCUCUAACCAAAGCAGUAAAUAUUGGAGAUUGUCAAGUGAUAUGUUUAAGUCAAACACAAUGUCAAGCAGCUACUUUUCAUUAUUCAAAUUCGAAUUGUGAAUUAUUUGAUAAUAUAGUAUAUCAAUUUGGUAUUAUGUUAAAUAAUAUAGAUACAAUAACGAUGUCCGUUAUUAGUGGAACACGUUUUUCAGUUGGAUACAAUUCAAUAAAUGUUCAGAAUCGAACAAUUUACCCAUUAACAGGUUUUCAACCGUUAAAUUUGGCCGUAAAAGAUAUUAAUGGUGACAAUAAACCCGAUAUUCUUACAAUAGAUAGAAGUUCUAGUGGUAUGGGUGUUCUUUUAAAUCGAGGCAAUAGAACAUUUUUUCCUGAAGUACUUCAUACAACCGGUUCUGCUCCAUUCGUAGUUGCAGUUGGCGAUCUUAAUAAUGAUAGUAAACCCGAUGCUGUUGUUUCAAACACUGGAUCACUCGCUAUUGGUAUUCUUAUAAAUGCAGGCAGUGGUACAUUUUAUCCUGAAUAUAAUUUAACAAUUGGUGGAAAUGUAAAUCCAAUAACGAUAGCAGAUGUAAAUAACGACAAUAAACUUGAUAUUCUUUAUUCAUUCUGGUCUUCUCAUUCUGUUGGUGUUUUUUUCAAUGAUGGAAAUGCAACAUUUUCGUCUCGCACUUCCUAUGCAACAGAUGCCAGUCCAAUUGGAAUUGAAUAUAUUGAUGUUAAUAAUGAUAAUCAACGCGAUAUUAUUACAUCAAAUAGUGAUUCGAACACUGUUAGUAUUCUUCUUGGUAAAGGAAAUGCAACAUUUUUUCCCCAGUCAACAUAUCCAGUUGGUAUUUCUCCAUCUUCAUUAGCAGUUGCUGAUUUAAAUGGCGACGAUAGUCCCGAUAUAGUUGUUACUAAUUCAGUUUCAAACACAACUAGUGUUCUGAUUAAUCGUGGAAAUGGUUCAUUUCUGACACAAGUUCUUUACAACGUUGGUAAUGGACCAAGUUCGGUAAAAAUAUAUGAUAUGAAUAAUGAUGGUUAUCCGGAUAUUAUUGUUGCUAAUUCUAAUUCAAAUAAUAUUGGUAUUUUAAUCAAUAAAGGUGAUGGAAGUUUCUUCAAUCAAGCUACUUUUUCAGUUGGUGCCAACCCAUCAGCAAUUGUAGUUGAUGAUAUAGAUAGUGAUGGUAAAUCUGAUAUUAUUGUUACAAAUUCUGGUUCAAAUAACAUUGCUAUUCUCUAUCAAAACUAA